AUGGCGGACGAGGGGGUUGCCGAACAUUAUCAGGUACUGGAGGAGCUUGGUCGUGGAAGCUUUGGUGUCGUUUACAAGGCCAUUGAGAAGGCCACCGGCGAGACCGUUGCCAUCAAACAUAUCGACCUUGAGUCCAGCGAAGAUGACAUCCAAGAGAUCCAAGGCGAGAUCGCUGUGCUGAGCACAUGCGCGAGUUCUUUCGUCACGCAAUACAAAGGCAGCUUUCUGCGCGGCCACAAGCUCUGGAUCGUCAUGGAGUAUCUCGGUGGCGGUUCAUGUCUGGACUUGCUCAAACCUGCCAACUUCGCCGAGGUCCACAUUGCCAUCAUCUGCCGAGAACUUCUUCGCGGUCUCGAAUACUUGCAUGCCGAAGGCAAGAUUCACCGAGAUAUCAAGGCCGCCAAUGUUCUGUUAUCCGAGACAGGCAAGGUCAAGUUGGCCGACUUUGGUGUCGCCGCCCAGUUGACCAACAUAAAGUCCCAAAGAAACACUUUCGUCGGCACCCCUUUCUGGAUGGCACCCGAGGUUAUCCAGCAGGACGGUUAUGGGUUCAAAGCAGACAUUUGGUCCCUUGGCAUCACCGCCAUGGAGAUGGCCAAUGGCGAACCCCCUCUAGCACACAUUCACCCGAUGAAGGUUCUUUUCCACAUCCCCAAGAACCCGCCCCCCCGCUUGGAGAACAACUUCAGCAAGGACUUCAGGGACUUUGUCGCCCAGUGUCUCGUCAAGGACUCGGACCGCAGACCUUCGGCGAAGGAUCUCCUGCGUCACCGGUUCAUCAGAUCGGCAGGUAAAAUUGAGGCUCUCCAAGAGCUCAUUGCUCGCAAGCAAAUGUGGGACGCCAACCAAAACCGCAAGUCGCACCCCAUCUUUUACCAAGAGACGCUACAUACCAUGUCGCAUAAGGAGGACUCGGAUGAGUGGGUGUUCGACACGGUCAAGUCGGUGGCUCCCAAACGCCCGAACGGUCAUGCGCGAAAGCCGUCCUACUUCGCGGCGGAGGAGGCAAUGCGCCGUCUCGACCUCAAGGACGCUCCGCUCGGCCCUUCGUCUCCCGCUUCCGGAACUGUCCGCCGGUCAACUGUGCGCCGCCAGCCCUCGGGCCGCCAGGCUUCGGGCACACAGAUCCAAGCAAACGGGUCACCUCGCUCGACCGUCGCCAGACGACCCCUUCAGCCAGACAUGUCGUACGGCAACUCUGGCUCCUCCGUGCGGCUCUUCCGCCGGGUCCCCUCGGAUGGCUCUACCACGGCCUACGAGGACACUUCUCCCGAGGGAACAUUUGGCAACGAGAACAAAGCACGGCCGCGGGCCUCAGCAGUCGAACCUAGCAGCAAGGAGGCAUUGCUUGGCCGGCGCCUUUUCAACAAGGCCCUGGAUCCCACUCUCGCCGAACUUCACGCGCAGACGUCAGGCAUGCAGAAGCGGGAAGCGCUGGCAAAGCUCACGGAUGCGUUUGCGCUCCUGGAUUCGGUUGAUCCCGAAGGUGCCUACCAUCUGAUGCAGAACCUGAUGACGGCUGUCUCGCAGGAUACCAAGCUGAGCACGGCUUUGAUGCCUGAACAGUCGAUCAAAUUCCCGUCGGACGAAACGCCUCAGGGGACGGUCAUCAUCAGGAGCGCGGCGGCAACACCUUCGUCGGGAAGCCCGAACAAGCUCGUGAUGGCGUCAAACAACCCGCACUUGAAGAGCCAUAGGAGGCGUAACGGGUCGAUUGCCACACCCGAGUCGGCCGACAAGGACCGCGAGAAGGAGAAGACGGCCGUGGAGGCCAAGUAUCCCGGGCGUCCGCCCCGUCCUGGCAUGGAGCACUGCAAGCAACUGUCUGAUGUGCUCUACGGUCGUUGGACGGAGGGAUUGAGAAUUAGAUGGCCAGCAGUCUAA